AUGGGCAUGAAGGCCCAAGUUUGGUGGAUUCGAAACAACGGCUUCGAUGGCCCGGCAAAGGGCGGUGCCAGGCUGUGGGACAGCAGGCGUCGCGAGUCCAGGCGCCGUGGCGAGGAGCUUUUCCGCCACGAUGUGGACAACUUCGAACUCUGUGUUCACAACCUCCUCGCAGCCCCGGGCAGCAACAAGCGAAAGGUUUGCCGUGGUCGCGGCAAGUACGGUCAUCACGGCCGAACGUGCGGUUUCGGAACCACGAAGAACGGAGCUCACAAGCGCGGACGUCGCACCCUGAACCCGGGAUAUGAGGGCAACCAGAAGCCGCUCCACCUGAAGACUCCCAAGCUGCUGCCCUCGCAACGGGACUCCAUGAAGCAAGAUCCCUACACACCAAUUUCACUUGCAAUACUCAACAUGUGCGACGAUGGCGACGAGGUCGACUACAUGGAGCUUUUCGUCCGAGGACUGCCAGUCCCAUCGCGAAAGCGGUUUGACAGAGUCAAGAUCAAAGCGUCGGAAACCGACGAGUUCACAGUGAAGAACCUUACAGUUUUGGCUCAUGCCUUCGAGCCAGCUGCCCGUGAGAAGAUCGAGGAGAAUGGUGGCAGGUGCAUUCGCUUGUCAGAUGUUGGCAGCUUGCCGAUUGAUGAGAAGUGGAUGAGUACGAACGAGUUCCAGGUGGGCGGCGACUCCAAGGAGGAUGCCGCAGAGGCUGCGGAAGAGAAGGCGUCCGAGGAAUGA